AUGAUCCUCUUUUCGCACGUCCCCCUGCGACUUUCUGCGACCAGCUGGCGAUCACCUCCGUCACCGUUCCCAACCGAUCCGCACCUUGCUCUAACCUCUGGUUUCCCGCGGCAAAUAAGCACGCGCCUCUCUCAGUCUACCACAGUAGCAGCUGCUGCAGGUCGACCGAGCGCCGACAAUUUCGCCGCGUCUUCAGGGAACGCACGAAAAAGUGCUACUAGCGAACGUGACAGCCAGCCUCCCCGCGUGAAACCCUCCCCCCGCCUUCGGCCGCAAGCGGUUACUUCCGCUUCCGUCGACUCUCAAGCUACCCCCAAUGCCAAGCCCGCGACCCGCCGGCGAACGCGCACGGCAGCCGCUGGCGCUGCUUCCGGCGCGCCUGUAGCGGAUAUGCCAGUAACGGGCGGCAGUGCUGUUACCGCGGAGGGCGCGACUGUAACCGGCCCAGCAGUAUCCGCAGGAAAAGCACCCGCGGGGGCGCAGGCGGAAGGGGAAAGGGAAGAGGCGCAAGGAGCGCGAGGUGGCGGGGCGAUCCACGUGAUCACGGGGCCGAUGUUCGCGGGGAAGACGACGGCGCUGCUGGCGCGCAUGCACGAAGAGAUGGGGCGCGGCAGGAGCGUGUUGGUGGUGAAGUCAAAGGCCGACACGCGGUACGCGCGGGACGCAGUGGUGUCGCACGACGGCGCUGCCAUGCCGUGCCUUGCCGUGCGCUCCCUGCUGGAGAUUUUAGCUGAGGAUGGGGCGUACAGAGACGCGUAUGAGCAGGCGGCUGUAGUCGGGGUGGACGAGGCACAAUUCAUUCACGGGCUCGUGGAGUUCUCAUUGCGGGCGGCAGACCAUGACGGCAAGACACUGUUUAUUGCAGGCCUGGACGGCGACUUUCGGAGAAAACGCUUUGGCGAGCUGCUAGAUUUGAUUCCGCACGCCGAUUCCGUGACAAAACUCGCCGCCCGGUGCGAGAUGUGUGGGCGGCCGGCGUCGUUCACUCUGCGCAAAACACAAGAGACAAAGCUGCGGCUGGUGGGCGGCGCAGAGACGUACAUGCCAGUGUGCCGAACACACUACCUGAGCGGGAAAUGUGUUGUUGAUCUCACAAGAGAUUUAGGGGCGAUGCAUGAUCCGUUAAAGGAUGAUUCGUCUUAG